UGAUGGAAGAGCGUAUUUAUUCGCUAUCAACCGACGCAACGGUAUCGUCUGUCCAGUCAUACCAGGCACAGAGAAAGCGCAAACCGGACCAAACAUGAGCGAACGACACAGACUAGACCAAAGGUGGUGUCGUCUUCUGUUCCUUUUCUGCGGAAUUCUUCUCGGGACCGUCGAGCCGACUCUUGCCUUGGUCGGGAUGGUUGUGCCGCGGACCCGCGUCAGCGGAACAUCACUCCACGUCUCCAACAAAGGCAAACGCAAAGAUUCCGCAACAAAAGCUGCUCGAAAGUAUGCGGACGCCACCGUCAAGACCAACGGGGGCGGGAAAAGCUCGCGUCCCCGUUCCACGCAAAUGCGCGACGCGCCCGCCAAGUCUCUACCGAGCGGACCCCGCGUCGUGUUGACCCGCUAUGCGGCAAAUCGGAACGAUCGGGUCAACAAGGAACGACUGGCGGAAUCCAUCGGAUGCGAGCAUUUCGGUAGUUGUUCCGGUUGCGUCCGGGAUGAUCAGGUCGGCAGCGUGGAUGUCAUCCAAUCCGCCAAACUGUACUUUUCCUCGACGGCCGUCCGCAAAAAGCGCCACGACGUGUUGACGCAGGGUCUCGACUGGGCUGUGGAAGAUCAGGACGACGGCUUUUACCAAGUCGUGGUGCCUUCCGCAGUCCGCGGCUGGCGUACACAGGCCAAACUGGCCGUUGCACCCAAAUCCUCUUCGUGGGCCAGAGACGGGUGUGAGUUUGGACUAUACCAACGCGGGACGCACGACGUCCUCGCAAUCCCGUCCUGUGAAGUACACCAUCCCGCCAUCAACCGAGCGCUUGAUGCCUUGCGACUUGCGACGGCCAAGACCGGGACGGCCGCCUUUGCCAAAGAUACGCGGGAUGGGGGACUGCGCUACGUGCAGUUGCAAGUGGAACGGCCAACCCAAAAGGUUUCGCUUACGCUCGUCUGGAACGCCGAACUUUUGAAAGAGACACAGCCCGCCCUUGCGCGUCUGGUCAAGGAAUUGCAAACCCGCGAACCAGAUUUGUGGCACAGUAUGUGGUGCCACUGCAACAACGGAAUAGGCAACAACAUUUUCGCUCGAAAUCCACGGCGAUGGCAUCGUUUAUCGGGGAUGGAAUACAUGCGAGAACCCAUUGCGGUCGGUAAUCAGGGAUGGUUGUACUUUUCACCGCUGACAUUUCGACAGGGAAAUCUGGACGGCUUUGAUGUAUUGGCUACUGAUGUUGCACGUGCCGUUCCCGGAGGAAGUAAAGUGUGUGAGUUGUACGCUGGAGUCGGCCUCUUGGGUCUCACAACGCUGGCACAUCUUGCCAAAGAGGGAACGCCGCUGGAAUGGAUUCGCUGCAGCGACGAGAAUCCUUCCAAUCCGCGUUGUUUUCAACGUUCCAUCGAGUCGCUGCCGCUCGAGGUCACGGGUCUGGACCGUCGAACGAACCGCAAGUCCAAAGAAGAUCAAGGUAUGACUUUGGCAGAAUUAGCCGACCUCAUUGAAGCUGGUGAAUCUUCCUCGCGCAGUGAGAACGAUAUGGAAAAGGCUUCGUACAUGGUAGCGACUGCCGCGCAAGCGCUGCAACGAGGAGAAGCUCUGGGUGCCGACGUCAUCAUCGUUGACCCUCCCCGCAAAGGACUGGAAGAUGAAGUUCUGGAGAGUUUGUGCCAACCAUAUAAGGCCGAUCAACCGUACGUAGAAUCCGUCAACUUGCUCACAAUUGCGGACGACAAAGUGAAUUGGACCAACGAUGUGGAAACCUUGAUAUACGUGAGUUGUGGUUUCGAUGCGUUGGCCCGCGAUUCGCAACGCUUGCUGUCAUCAGCUGGCGGCUGGACUUUGCACAGUGCAACUGGCUAUCUUCUUUUCCCAGGUAGCGAUCACGUCGAAACCCUGUGUAUAUUCAAGCGAUAGUAACAAUGCCAUGGCAAAACGAAAGUCAAAAUUCUUUUAUGGAGGCUUCCGUUGUGAUUUACGACGCCUACGUUUCAAGCACAGAACGCGGAGUCUCGACUUCCCAAAUUGCAGAAUCGACGAGGAAACAUGUGCGCUAGCGCGGAAUAUUCACUAUCAGGAACAACAGUUUCCAAUUAGCCCGGGACGCCAAUUUCACAGUCGGGUAUUUUUAUCUUCAAAUUGAGGAUCAGAAAGAGCUUAAGUGUCAGCAGCUCCUUUGAAAACAAGGAUUGACGGUGACAGCUUUCACAGUCAGCUAGCUCACAGUCAAUUCUGAUGAUUGCUAAUUAAAUAUUAUAAAAGGAGAUUUUACUAUGCCUU